CGGGGCGGCCCGGCAGCCAGAGCGCGCGCUCGUGCUCCAUCUCGCACGCGCAGCUUCCACCCGGGCCGGGCGGGCUCUGCUACCGGGAUCCGAGUAUGGGGGUGUAGCUACAGCCGCCGGAGGCAACCCCGAGACGCCGAGGUGGGCACGGGCCGGAGCACUGGGGUCGGGGCUCUGCCGCAACCCGGCAGCGAGCGAUCUGGGGCCUCCGGGAAGAAAGGAGGCGAGACAGACUUGUGCAUCCGAAAACGUCCCUCCUCUCGACUCCUGCGGUAAACAUUUUGGGAGACCUGUUUCUUGAUGUUUGAUUUUCCACUGGAGUAAUGCCAACAGAAGUCUCAGACUUUCAUAUUAUAUCAACUGGAACCUGCAGCAUAUCUGAGUGUUCAUGUAAAUCAGAACUUUUAUAAAGAAAAAGAAAAGAAUGGGAGUCUGGCUAAAUAAAGAUGACAAUGUCAGAGACUUGAAAAGGAUCAUUCUUUGCUUCCUAAUAGUGUUUAUGACUGUUUUAGUGGGCACAGAUCAGGAUUUUUACAGCUUACUUGGCGUUUCCAAAACUGCAAGCAGUAGAGAAAUAAGACAAGCUUUCAAAAAAUUGGCAUUGAAAUUACAUCCUGAUAAAAAUCCGAAUAACCCAAAUGCACAUAGUGAAUUUUUGAAAAUAAAUAGAGCCUAUGAAGUACUCAAAGAUGAAGACCUACGUAAAAAGUAUGAUAAAUAUGGAGAAAAAGGACUCGCAGAAAAUCAAGGAGGAAGCCAGUAUGAAAGCUGGAACUACUAUCGCUAUGAUUUUGGUAUUUAUGAUGAUGAUCCUGAAAUCAUAACAUUGGAUAGAAGAGAAUUUGAUGCUGCUGUUAAUUCUGGAGAACUGUGGUUUGUGAACUUUUAUUCUCCAGGAUGUUCACACUGCCAUGAUUUAGCUCCCACGUGGAGAGACUUUGCUAAAGAAGUGGAUGGAUUACUUCGUAUCGGAGCUGUUAACUGUGGAGAUGAUAGGAUGCUUUGCCGGAUGAAAGGAGUCAACAGUUACCCCAGCCUCUUCAUGUUUAGGUCUGGAAUGGCUGCAGUUAAAUAUCAUGGUGACAGAUCCAAGGAAAGUCUAGUGAGCUUUGCCAUGCAACAUGUUAGAAGCACAGUGACAGAAUUAUGGACAGGAAAUUUUGUUAACUCCAUAGAAACUGCCUUUGCUGCUGGGAUUGGCUGGCUGAUCACUUUUUGUUUCAGUGGAGAAGACUGUUUGACUUCACAGACACGUCUCAGGCUGAGUGGCAUGUUGGAUGGGCUAGUUAAUGUAGGAUGGAUGGACUGUACUAUCCAGGACAGCCUUUGUAAAAAUCUGGAUGUUACAAAAAGUAUUACUGCCUAUUUCCCUCCUGGUGCCACUUUAAAUAACAAAGAGAAAAACGAUAUUUUGUUUCUUAAUUCAUUGGAUGCUAAAGAAAUAUAUUUGGAAGUAAUGCACAGUGUUCCAGAUUUUGAACUACUUUCAGCAAAUACACUAGAGGAUCGCUUGGCCCAUCAUCGGUGGCUCUUAUUUUUUUAUUUUGGAAAAAGUGAAAGUUCAAAUGAUCCUGAGCUAAAGAAACUAAAAAAUCUACUUAAAAAUGAACAUAUCCAGGUUGGCAAAUUCGACUGUGCUUCAGCACCACACAUCUGUAGUGAUCUCUACAUUUUCCAGCCAUGUCUAGCGGUAUUUAAAGGCCAAGGAACCAAACAAUAUGAAAUCCAUCAUGGAAAGAAGAUCCUAUAUGACAUACUUGCUUUUGCCAAAGAAAGUGUUAAUUCUCAUGUCACCACACUCGGACCUCAGAAUUUUCCUGCCAAUGAAAAGGAACCAUGGCUUGUUGAUUUUUUUGCUCCUUGGUGCCCACCAUGUCGAGCUUUAUUGCCAGAGUUACGAAAAGCAUCCAGACAUCUUUACGGGCAACUCAAGUUUGGCACACUAGAUUGUACAAUCCACGAGGGACUCUGUAACAUGUAUAACAUCCAGGCUUACCCCACGACAGUGGUGUUCAACCAGUCCGACGUCCAUGAAUAUGAAGGGCAUCACUCUGCUGAACAGAUCUUGGAAUUCAUUGAGGAUCUUAUGAAUCCUUCAGUGAUCACCCUGACACCCAGCACUUUCGAUGAACUGGUCAGACAACGGAAAGACGACGAAGUCUGGAUGGUGGACUUCUAUUCCCCGUGGUGCCAUCCUUGUCAGAUUCUGAUGCCAGAAUGGAAAAGAAUGGCCCGGACAUUAACUGGACUGAUCAAUGUAGGCAGUAUAGACUGCCAACAGUAUCAUUCUUUUUGUUCCCAAGAAAAUGUUCGGAAAUACCCUGAGAUUCGGUUUUAUCCCCAAAAAUCAAAUAAUGCUUAUCAAUAUCAUAGUUACAAUGGUUGGAAUAGGGAUGCUUACUCCCUAAGAAUCUGGGGUCUAGGAUUUUUACCUCAAGCAUCCAUAGAUCUAACACCCCAGACAUUCAGUGAAAAAGUUUUACAAGGGAGAAAUCACUGGGUGGUCGAUUUCUACGCUCCUUGGUGUGGACCUUGCCAAAAUUUUGCCCCAGAGUUUGAGGUGUUGGCUAGGAUGAUCAAAGGAAAAGUGAAAGCUGGGAAAGUAGACUGCCAGGCUUACGCUCAGACGUGCCAGCAAGCUGGUAUCAGAGCGUACCCAACCGUCAGAUUUUAUCCUUACGAACGUUCUAAGAGAAAUACUUGGGGAGAGCAAAUAGAUACCAGAGACGCCAAAGAGAUUGCUACCUUCAUAUACAAAAAACUGGACAAUCUCCGAAAUCAUGACAAGAGAAGUAAGGAUGAACUUUAAUGAUGUUGAAGACAGAAAACUUGAAAAGAACUUCUGACAAAUGGCAUCAGAAGACACGACUUCAGAAUGUUACUGCACUCUUGAUGAGAAUAAGUGAACACUGAUUGCACUGUCUGGUCUCAGUACAACAUUGGUAGAAUUGAAGGGUCACAAACUCCUCUGUCUACAGGGAAAGAAAGGUCAUAAGUAUUUUAGUCUUUGUAAGACAUAAAAUGAUUCAUUGUCACAUAUUCAAAAUUUGUUUUUGUUUUCAAUUCUUUUAAAAGAAAAAGAAAAAAGAUAAAAAAAAAAAAAAAAAAAAAAAAAACCCGUCCUUAACUCAGGGCCAUCUACAAAUAGGCCACAAGCCAAAUCCAAAUGAGUCGUGAAUUGCUGAACCCUAGAAAUGAUCUUUGGGCAGUGAGCCUGCUCUGCUAUUUGUUACACAUAUAAAUGGAUUUUUAUCAGUUAAAUCUUGUGACUGCCCUGAAAAGUGGUCACUUGGUUUUCAGUCAUCUGGUUCCCCUUCAAAUUCUCUGAUUCAUUAACCAUCUCUUUCAUUUUAAGAAUAUACAGUGUGACAAACAGAUACCUAUUUUCACAUUGUAGUGUAGAUACUCAUCUUUUUUACUCUUUCUAAAUGCUUAAAAUCGCCUUUAGACAUUGUACAAUUAAGGAAAAUAUUUUGCAACAGUAAACGAACUCUGUACAGUUCUGCAGCAUUUGUAGACACCUGAAGAAGAAAAAUAUUUGAGGGCAGGAUUAGAUAACAUACUGGUUACGCAAAGAGACUCUCAUGCCCAAGGCGCCUAAGUCCCAGGUUCAGUUUCCCACACCACUAUCAGCCAGAGCUGAGCAGUGCUCUGGUAAAAAAGAAAAAAAAAAAAAAAGUGUUCAUAACAGUGAUUUGGGCAUAAAAUAUUAAGAGGUCUACAAUGAAAGAUAUGUCUCCGUUUCUAUUCUGAAUUGCUUUCGUGAAAUUUUUUCAGGUGUUAGUAAUGGAUUUUUGAAGCAUAUUUAUAAUAUUCAUGGUUUUGCCUUCUGGACUUUGUUUUGAUGUUGAUUGUCUGAUUUGUGUUUACCACUAUUUGUUCAUUGUUGUGGUUUUUCACUCUGGCUUAAUCUCGUCAUUAUUCACAUAAGAAAAAAAAGCUCUGCAGGUGUGUUUCACUGUAACUCGAGUGAUUCUGCAAUUACUUCAAUUGCUAGUUUACUUCAGAAAAUGCUUUUUUCAGAUAAAUAGUGACAUAAUAAUGAAAGUUAUUUUUGUAAUUAAAUCCAGUUUCUUCAGUUAAAUCAAAUUGAGUUUCUUUAUAGUUUAGACUCAAUAAUUCAUUUUUCCCCUGAUGUUUAAACAAAACAUAGUAAUGUGUUUGUUCCAAUUGACUAAAAAACACAAAUGUUUUUUUUUAAUGUCUGUGUGAAAAUUCUUCUAAAUAUUAAAAAUCAACCUACUCUAUGAUUAGCAGUUCCUCUCGAAGUAAUCUAUUCAAAGAAUAUAGAAUCACUUAGCUGAAAAGAUAUAUGUGCUCCUGUUUUUCACAAUAUUAUGCACAAUAGUCAGGAUUUGGCAACAGCCCCACGGUAGGGCAGUGGGUAAGAAAGACUGAUAUAUGUACACAGUGGGGUAUUAGCUGCUGGGGUGGGGGGUGUCUUGCUACAGCAGGAUGGAACUAGUGAACAUCGUGCUAAAGCGAAAUAAGCCAGAAGGAGAAAAAAAAAAAAGAGAGAUGCUCUCACUCACAUGUGGAAUUUAACAAACAAGAGCAGAAGGAAAGAAGGUGAAGCAGGAAGCCGUUGGUCCAUGUUAGCAGAUGAGAAGGCACUAAUGGUGCAGCAGGGUAGUUGAAAGGGAGAGUGGAGGAAGAUGUGUGCACAUAUUGAGGAACCGUAGAGGUGGCACACAUUGGGCAGCUGUGCCCGAGACAGAUAUUUUGUAAAACAGAAGACAAGUUCCCCCAAAAAAACUAAUCAAGAUCACGUUUUAUUAUAUUAGUUUUUUUUUUAAUAUUCUGCCUUCCUUGAUUAUUUCCUUUUAAAGUUUUCUUUAUAGUUGCUAUUUAUACAGAAGCAGACUCUUUCAUAUCCAUUCUCACCCUGCUCAUAUACUCACUGUGAUUGUUUCUGGUGUACCAUUCAGCCCUUCUCUUGGAUUCUUUUUUUUUUUUUUUAAUUUAUUUUAAUUUUAUUUUAUUUAUUUAUUUCCUUUUGUUGCCCUAGUUUUUUUUUAAUUAUUAUUAUUGUUGUCAUCGCUGUUGGAUAGGACAGAGAGAAAUGGAGAGAGGAGGGGAAGACAGAGAGGAGGAGAGAAAGACAGACACCUGCAGACCUGCUUCACCACCUGUGAAGCGACUCCCCUGCAGGUGGGGAGCCGGGGUUCGAACUGGGAUCCUUAUGCCGGUCCUUGUGCUUUGCGCCACCUGCGCUUAACCCGCUGCGCUACAGCCCGACUCCCUUGGAUUCUUUUUUUAACAAAUAGAGACCUGUGAGGAACAAGAGCCACUUCUAGCUGCCUUUGGCGACAAACAGUGUCAGCGUUCAUUUUGAAUAAAGAUGAGUACGAGAGUGA